UUACAUAAAAUCUACUUGAGCAAAAUAGAAGCUGCUGUCUCACUUGGCUGCAAUGCAAAUGCUCCAAAUCUCCCUGAGCAAAAUAGAAGCUGCUGUCUACAUCACCCACAAAACCACCUGCCUAUCGCAGAAGCAAGUGCAGAGCAUUAUGAAGGAAGUGAAUGAGUGUGCUGGCGCCCCUCUACCUCCUCACUGGGAGACGAUCUCAAACCCUGCUCGCAGUAGAGCGGAGGCCACGCUAGGAGGAGGAAGAGGGAGGUAGGGAGGAUAAACGAGCAGACGUGAACCCUGAACAAGCGGGAUUGAUUAGGCUUCUUCAACUCCGGCUUGAGCUUCCUGCGUGGGAGAUGGAAACCGAAGGCAGGAUGGGAGAAACGAACUUACGCGCGGAGGUUGAGAGGAGUUAAGUUCGCACCAGAUCUCCUGGAUCAAGUUGUGGACUUAAGCGAAUGUUUACUGUACAUCAGCUCACAUUACAUAAAAUCCUUAGUAAAGGAAUGGACAGAAUAGCAAAAAGACAUAAACGGCAACAGUUUUCUAUUGUAUGAUCCAUAGACGAUAGGAAAGUAAGUUUUUAGUUUUAAAGGGCAGUGCCAUUGAUCCGUUGAUCUGGGUUUUGUGUAACUUUGCGACAAUGAUAGUGAAUGAAGUUCGGGUCUGUCUAGAUUCCACAGCCGAUGAUUCAGCUGUGAAUACAUGUUACGUACAUGAUGAUCAUAAGUGACAGGUACACUGUUUCCAACCUACUUCCGAGAACUCAAGCGAUCUAUCUUGCCAGUCGUCUUUACGCUUGAAGCCACAGUGAUUGCUUUUCAUCAGCAUAUGUGACCAUAAUUCUAGUGGGUAUAUUGUUCGGCGUAGUUGCAGGUGAGUCAAAGCUGUAACGUAAACAGAGGUUAUUUAUUACAGUGGCUAUGUUUCAACUAUUCGACAACACAGCUACGGAAGUUAAUUGAAGCAUGCGCUGAACAAUUCUUCUACUACAUCGUGUCAAGUUGUCCUAACCUCAUCGAUUUGCUACUCAAAAUUAAAGUUCGGGACGUGUCAGAUGAAUUGUCAGCUAACAUGUUCUGUAGUUGUUGAAGUCUAAGAGUACGGUAUGAAAUGACAUGAUUGCAGUCGAGUGUAAUGCUGAUAUCUGUAGACUCUACACAGUUCUGGAAGCGGAUUCAUUUAGGACUUGUUAAAUAAGUCAACAUGUUUCUUGCACAAAAGCAUUUUGAUUAGAACUCCCCGUUUUCGUGAAAUGUCUCUUGUGUCUCUAUGUGUAGAGUCUCACUUAUGACACUCCACGCAUACAAGACUGGAUCCCAUGUUCUGCUUUCCUCUGGAGAAUGCUCUGAAAUUUCCAUUCUGCAUUCUGUGAGGCCACUGGUCGAGAAUGCCCUUUUGCUCAACACAGCGCCCGUCCGCAACACACUUCGUACUUUUUGUUACAUGCUGCGUGGAAAAAAUAGCUCCAACAGAGAUCAGAAAUAUUCCCUACUUUCCCACACAACUGUGGACACUAAUAUUUUAAUUUUCAGAUCUUGUGAAAAGGUUCCAUAUGACAAUGUUUUCCCAGUGGAUUUUGCACCGUUCGCCUUCCUCGCGUCCUUCGGUUGUAACAGACCGCGUCUGGAGAGAGACAUCACAGUAGCGUUCAAGCAAUUGCCACGAGUUCUCAGUCUGGUUCUGCUGCAGUCCUGCCUGCCUCUGCCUGCCUUCUUUCCUUUGGAUGCAGCGUACGGUAAUACCAAGAGCGUUUAUUGAAUGUUCUCAAGUUCUGUUGCAAGUAAAGAAGCAGCGACGUCAUCAUGAUUUGACAGGACGGUGGCAGAUCGGUCAGAACACAACGUAACUGUUCGAACAUCGGACUGCAUCCUGGACGCCAGAGACAGAUUCUGCGAGACACACUAAUCGCCCAAGGCAACAUGUUCAGCGACCCACAAUACUUCAUCAGUUAUGAAUCAUAACUGAUAUCAGAGAUCAUUGCAGAAACCCGACCGGAUUGUCCUGUAUUGCCGUGUUAUAGUCUCAUUUAUGAAACCUGCAAUACCACCCCAGGCAUGCAGGCAAAUUUUAGCGCACAUUCAAGAAAGA